CUUCUCCUCGGUUUCCAGCCCCAACUCUACAGCAGGCUCUGUCCACCCCGCGCGCCCGGCAGCUCCUACUGGCCAAGUGGCUGUGGCUCUGCGACCAACCGCCCUUGGAACCCCGAGGUCUCCACACAGACUGCUUUGGAAUCAUGAGAGAUGAAAUUGCAACAGCAGUUUUUUUUGUCACAAGACUGGUGAAAAAACACGAGAAAUUGAGUGCACAACAGAUAGAAGCUUUCGCACUAAAGCUGAUGACCAUCUUGUUUGAAAAAUACAGAGGUCAUUGGCACCCUGACUGUCCUUCUAGGGGACAGGCUUUCAGGUGUAUCAGGAUAAACAACAAUGAGUAUAAAGACCCUAUUUUAGAAAGGGCUUGUUCUGAGAGCAAUGUGAAUUUUUUUCACCUGGGACUUCCAAAGGAGAUGACGAUAUGGGUUGAUCCCUUUGAGGUGUGCUGUAGGUAUGGUGAGAAAAAGCAUCCCUUUACAAUUGCUUCUUUUAAAGGCAGAUGGGAGAACUGGGAACUAGCUCAGCACAUCAGCUUCGCAGUUAACAGAGCUGCUGGAGACUGCUCUUCUGGAACAUCUUCUGAUGAAGAAAAUGAGUCCCGAGUCAUUCCCAAAGUCAACAAUCCCAAGAGCAUCUACCAGGUUGGAAACUUCAAACAGUCCUUCCAACCGUGGUUCUGCCUUCCUCGUAGAAAACAUUUGGCAGAUGGUCGUGGGGGCCUCCUGGGAACUGCUUACCACCCAGUGACCAGGAACCCUAAAUGGUGCAGGCUGGCUGGACGACGGGUGGACAGGUACCACUGGGUCAACACACAGUUGUAUAGUGGCCAGGCAGUACCAAUCGAGCUUGAAGAAGAGGCCAUGUUGUCCCUAAAGCAAAAAUGAGGCUAAAGCCAAGAAAUAACCCUCAAUAGAAGAAAGAACUCUCUCAGGGGUGAGAGUGUACAAGAUGACACCUUGCACACAGAUCACCACUCAUCUUUUAGCUAUACUUUUAAUUCUUACUUAACUUUAUAUAAAAUUUUAUGUAACACUAGUGAAUAUAUGUGUCUAGUAAAGUGAUUGAAUUGAGAUUUUUGCCUGCGAUAAAAUAAA